AUGGCUCAUAUACAGCCUGAGCAUUUCCCAAAGAGGCCUUACAAGAAGCUGCACACCCGCGCCUCUAGCCUGUUUUGCAUUUCCAAGAAGUUAGGGCCCAAUGCAUACUUAUUAGAGUUACCUCCAGAUAUGUCUAUUAGUUCAAUAUUUAAUGUUGAGGAUCUUGUUCCUUAUCGGGGCACUUUCAAGCCUCCCCCUUUGUGUUCUGAUGACUCUGUAAGUACUCAGACUCACCAAGCCCUAACCCCACCUGUGCCUAGAGUUGCGCCUCCCGCGGAAGCCAUUGACGCCGUGAGGGAUGAGCAGACGGUUCUAACUCCAGCAGGUCCCGUCAGUCGUUACCUCGUUCGUUGGAAAGGCUGUCCUGAUUCAGACGCUACAUAG